UGCACUGAUCCCUCUGAGUCCACCAGCUCCUCCCAGGAACUCAGCUCUCGGGCUGUGCCCCUCACACACCUGUGCUCUGUGUGCCCCGGGGCAGGCCCAGGACUGGAGGUGAAACAUGACCAGUGUACAGUCCAGCGAAGGCACCAUACUGGUGCAGGGACAGAAGCUCUUCUACCGGGAGGCUCGGCCUGCUGGUGGGCAGACCCCUGGCCUCUCUGUGCUCCUCCUCCAUGGCAUCCGCUUCUCCUCUGAGACUUGGCUCAAGCUGGGCACACUGGACAAACUGGCCCAGGCUGGCCACCGGGCCGUGGGCAUUGAUCUGCCAGGUCUAGGCCACUCCAAGGAGGCAUCUGCCCCCACACCCAUUGGGGAGCUGGCUCCCAGCAGCUUUCUGCAGGCUGUGUUGGAGGCUCUGGAGCUAGGGCCCACGGCCCUGGUCAGCCCAUCUCUAAGUGGAAUGUAUUCACUGCCCUUCCUCACAGCACCUAACUCCCAGCUCUGUGGCUACGUGCCCGUCGCCCCAAUCUGCACAGAUAAAGUCAGCCCUGCUGACUAUGGCCGUGUGAAGACCCCCACUCUGAUCGUGUAUGGAGACCAAGAUCCCAUGGGGGAGUCAAGCCUCAAGCACCUGCAACAGCUGCCUAACCACCAGGUGAUGGUGAUGGUGGGCGCAGGACACCCCUGCUACCUGGACAAGCCAGAGGAAUGGCACUCUGGACUCCUGGAUUUCCUGAAUGGGCUGUCAUAAGGGCCUAGGCCAGUCCCGACCCUGCCCCUACUGAUUGGGGGGAGGGGAGGGCACUGCUAGCCACAUAGCCCAGCCCCCUUUACCUGGCCUCUUACCCUUCUUUCUGGCUGGCCUGUCUGUCCAUCUCUCCACCUGCAUGGCCAUCUGUCUAUCUCUGCACCUGUCUGUCUGCUCAGGGAGCUGUCUGCCUAGCCUGCUCUGUCUUUCUUUCUCUCUCUCUCUCCUCAGCAUACAGGUGGAUAAGCAGAAUCAGGAGAAUUAAGGAGGUGCAAACCUGGGAUCUCAUCCACAUGGAGGGUAAUUUAUUAGAAACCUCUGUCUCAUGGUGCUUCCUCUGCUCUCUCCCCACCCCCCAGCUAUAGCCUUUGCUAGGUCCCUUCUUGUAGGCCUCUCCAUACCCCCUCCCUUUUCCUGUCUUUACCCACAUAGGAUUUCAUAUGUGCGUGCACGCACACA